CGCACCUUGAUAUGCUAUACGAUGUAUUAUAAAUAAAGAAUAUAGAUAUAAUUUUAAUCAAGUGUGCGCAAAUAUAUUGUUUUCAUUAAGUGAUCUAAAUUUACUAUGUAAAUUGCGUCCUAAUGAUGUAUUGUUACUCGUAACGGUAAAGGAUAAUGCUCAUCUGUGAGAGUACGAAGUGAUGGUUUCUCAACUGAUUGAUUUAUGAAUGUAACCAACAAAAACAACACUUCCAGAUGCUCUGUAUAAGAAACGGGAGAAAGCGCGGUAUUUCGUGGCUGUUUAAUUUGGUACCGAGAGUUCUCUAUUCACGUCGCAGUGACAGAAGUACUAGUAUCUCCUUACACAAAGUCGUCAAGUCUAAUGGUGAUUCCUUGGACGGAGAUAUUGACAACAGCGCAUGGGAUACCAAUUCUAAUUGGAAAUUGUUAACACCGAGAGGCUUUCGAUUUUAUCUUCCUGGAAGUGUAGGACCUGCUUGGUUAGAUGCUAAAACCACUGCCCAAGUUAAGACUUACUUUGACGAGCCAUCUAAUGAAGAAGAGUUUAUAGAAUCUUUAAAUGAUAAAAAUGAAUAUCAAAGAAAUAAGGAUAACUGGAAAGUCAUGCAGCCAAUAUUGGAUUAUGUGGCACAGGAAUGCCCUGUUCUUUUGCGAAAAAGCAUAGAAGAACUGUUUCCAGAAUGCUUGGAUGUGACCUCAUCGCAACUCACCAUUAUAACUAUUCGUCAAAAGGCAAAUCUUAACUCAAUGAGAUGGCGUAAAGAAGCGGAAACAGAGAAACUUGCCAAAUAUUUUGUUCUAGCAGCCUGGAAUAUAUGCACUAAGCUCAAAAUGGCUGGUUAUUGGGCAGACUUUAUUAACCCUUUUAGUGGACAACCCCACUUGAGUUCACGAAAGAGCGUCAACUUAUAUGAAACCGAUGAACGAUUUCGCUGUAUAGGAUUUAAAGUAAAGCAAAGAAACAAUUGCAAGAUUAUUACAUUUGACAAUAGUCUACAAAAUUUUAUUGGAAGCCUUUAUACUACAGCGCCGCCAAACACUGAGUUAUUAGAACAAAUAAUUAACGAUGGUGAUGAGGAUCAAUAAAAAUAUGUAUGUGUACAUUAUAUAUAUAAAAAAAAAUGUUUAGUUUACUUAUAUUGAUAGAUCGUCUAUCCUCAAAAUUAUAAAAAUUAUUACGCAUUUCUACAUAUGCAUAAACGAUUGAAAAAUAUGAUGGAACAAACAAUAAUUCGCUGAAUUCUGGUUGUAUAUUUUGUCGAUAUAUUCUCAAUCAAUGCAUUAGUGGAGUACGCCUUACAUCGUCGUACAUGCUCGUAAACGAUCCACAUUUAUUUAGUGAAAAUAUUAAUAUUGUAAUUAAAGUUUAAAAUUAUAGGUUUUAUUGGUCUUA